AUGAGAAGCGGCGGCGGAGGCAAGGACUUCUACAACAUCCUCGGGCUCCAACGGAACGCCAACGAGAACGAGAUCAAGAAGGCGUACCGAAAACUCGCCAUGAAGUGGCACCCGGACAAGAACCAGGACAACAAGGACUACGCCGAGAAGAAGUUCAAAGCCGUGAGCGAGGCGUACGAGGUGCUCAGCGAUCCGAAGAAGAAGGAGAUCUACGACCAGUACGGCGAGGACGGAUUGCGAGCGGAUGGCGCGGGGGGCGGCGCCGGCGGGUUCAGCGCUCGCGACGCCGAGGACAUCUUCGCGCAGUUCUUCGGGGGCGGCAUGGGCGGCGGCGGCGGGAACCCGUUCGGCGGCGGCAUGGGCGGCGGGUUCGGGGGCAUGCCCGGCGGGUUCGGAGCCCAGUUCGGCGGGAUGCCCGGAGGGGGUUUCGGCGGACACGGACACGGACACGGGUCCCGGCGAGAGGCGCCCGCUCGCAAGAAGGCUGACCCGAUCGAGCAGGUCCUGCGGCUCACGCUCGAGGAGAUGUACUACGGCGUGCAGAAGAACCUCAAGUUGACGCGCACCGUCAUCCGCGGCGGCGCCGAGCAGAGGGUUUCCGAGACGCUCACCAUCGACGUCAAGCCGGGGUGGAAGAAGGGGACGAAGAUAACCUUCCCGGAGAAGGGCGACGAGUCUCCGGGGGUGAUCGCCGCGGACAUCAUCUUCGUCGUGGACGAGAAGAAGCACCCGCAGUUCGAGCGCGACGGUAACGACCUCAUCACGACCAAGGUGGUGGACCUGCACGAAGCCCUGCUGGGCACCAGCGUGUUCAUCACGACGCUCAACGGGAAAUCGAUAAACGUGGACAUCCCGGAGAUUGUCUCGCCCAAGUACGUGAAGGUGCUCGUGGGCGAGGGCAUGCCGCUGAGCAAGUCGCCGAACAGCAAGGGAGACAUGAAGAUCAAGUUCGACAUACGAUUUCCCAAGGAGCUCACGGGAGAGCAAAAGGCGCAACUCAAGAGCAUCCUCGGCAGCGCGCAGUACUGAUUACUGAUUUGCCUUCGUAUGAGUAGUGUCUUCGUAAUGUUAUCGACGGGCGCGUGACGCAGGUAUUGGGUACAUCUCAGGUGGGCUUUCAGGCGAAUGCUAGCGCUACGAAAAAUCCACCGUCUCUAAGCC